AAUUAGGAAGAGAGAGAGAGAGAGAGAGAGAGAGAGAGACGUUGACAGAGAACCGAGCGACGGAAGUCGAUUUCGGGAAAAAAAUAAAAAAAAUAAAAGUCCCUUCGAUUUUUUGCAAAUCCGCAGAGAUUUCCCCUAAUCGUGCCCUUCCUUUUCUUUUUCCCUCCGAUCUCACAUUCGAUCCCCUCCCUCUGUAGAAUUUGGUUACCGACCAGGUUGAUUUCAUCGGCGAUGCUAUUUUUGCCAAAUCAAUGGUGUCCUCAGAUGAUUCUUGCACGAGCUUCAUUGUCUGAGAUCUCAAUUCCGUUGCUUCUUGAAAGGGAACCGGAAAUCAUUAGAUUUUCUGCGAAAGAGCGGCGAAUUUCGUUUUGAACUCUGUAAUUGGUCACGAAUCUGUUGGAGAUGAGUACGGGGCGGCAGACUGUUAAAGACCUCAUCGAGGAAGCGAAGAAACGGAUCGUGUUAUUGCUGAUUUGCAUUUUUGGACUUUCCUAUAUCAUGUCCUUAACAAGCUCCUCCGUUUGGGUCAAUUUGCCUGCUGCCGCCUCCUUAAUUGUCUUCCUCCGCUAUAUCUCAUUUGAUAUGGAAAUGCGAAAAAGAGGUGCAGCAUACAACAGGCCACCUUCAGUUGAGAAUCCACCUGAAAAGAAAUCUUUUGAAAUUCCAAAGAUUGCCCCUGAAAACUCAAACUGGAGAAGAAAGGUGAAUUCUCCCACUGUUGAGGCAGCAAUCGAUCAGUUCACAAGACAUCUAGUUUCUGAGUGGGUGACAGAUCUGUGGUACUCACGUUUAACUCCCGAUAAGGAUGGUCCAGAGGAGCUGGUGCAGAUCAUGAAUGGUGUCCUUGGAGAAGUUUCAUUUCGUGCAAGAGAUAUAAAUCUCAUUGAUCUUCUUACCAGGGAUAUUAUCAAUCUGAUUUGCAAUCACUUAGAGCUUUAUCGUGUAUGUCAAGCCAAGAUUGGAAAGCAUGAGACAGGUAAGAUGCCCAUAGGUCAUCAGGAUACACAACUGAAGCUGGUUCUGGCAUCUGAGAAUAAGUUGCAUCCAGCUUUGUUUUCUGCUGAAGCUGAGCACAAGGUUUUGCAGCACUUGAUGGGCGGGCUUAUCUCUUUAACUUUCAAGCCAGAAGAUCUGCAGUGUUCUUUCUUCCGUCAUACAGUUAGGGAGCUUCUUGCUUGUGCAGUGAUGCGACCUGUCUUGAACUUAGCUAACCCAAGGUUUAUUAAUGAAAGGAUUGAAUCUUUGGUUCUUUCUUCUAGCAAGAAGACUGAUAAAGGAGUUACAUCAUCACAACAAGAGGGAUCCCAAAACAAUCCAUCUUCAAGGACUUCAUCUGAUCGUUUUUCUGGGGUUUUGGACCGUUCAAAUAAAGGUGUUGAACUUGUGCAGUUUAAGCACACUCAUUCUGUAACUGCUUCAGGUGAAGCUGCAAAAGGAAUUGCUAAUGGAACUGUUCUCUUGAAGAAUCAGAAACACUCUGUGUGUGAUUUAUCAUCGAGCAGUUAUCAAGCUAGUGCAGUGCCUAUGAUUCACAAACUGCACCCUACCACAUCAAAUCUUAUACCAGGUGAUGCCCAAUCAUCUCAGUCCAAGAAUUCUUCGCCCUUGGGUUCCCAAUGCCGACCAAGCGGAGAGUGGGGUCAGAUGUUAGAUGUGAUGUCCCGCAGAAAAACUCAAGCUCUUGCCCCAGAGCAUUUUGAAAAUAUGUGGACAAAAGGGCGCAACUACAAAAAGAAGGAAGGUGUUAACCAGUCAGCCAAGCAAGUUAUACAGAAUUCCUCGGCUGGGAAUACUAUGGAUCACUUGAGGGUGACAUCCAAGCACAAGAUACAGGAUGGAACAGUCAAGGCUUAUACUUCUACGAGAAACACUGUUUAUCCUCAGCAUAAAGAUUCACACAUGGUAGAAAAUUCAUAUGCCCAUAUUGAUGGGAACAGGUCAACUCAACCUAUUGUCACAUCAUAUCAGGGAAAUGCUGAGCAUGAUCCCAUGCAUUUGGAGGAGGAUGAACUGGAGAGUGAGAGCUCUUACCCGACCGAAGAUGAUGAAACUAGCACUGUCACAGGGCUUGAUUCACCUGUAACCAAAGUUUGGGAUAGUAAAAAUAACAGACAUGCUGCAGUUUCACAUAUACGGCAUCCUCUUGAAAGUUCUGAUGGCCGUUCGACUAGAAAGAGCAGUAAAGGUCAUAUUCGAUACCAGAGAUUAUCUAAAACACAUUCUGGAAGGAAAAGAUUCAGGUCAAGCAAUCAAAAGGUUCCCAUCUGGCAAGAGGUUGAAAGAACAACUUUGUCGUUGGGAGAUGGCAAAGAUAUUCUGAAUGCAUCAAAACAUGACGCAGAAGCGGAUGAUCAUGAUGAUUCUGACUCAGAAUCGCCAGGUAGAGUUCAUAGUGGAGCAGCUGCUUCUUCGUCUGCACCAUCUAUUUCUAUAUCCAAAGCUUGUAAUUCAUCUCUGAAGUCUCCCGAAAACUCCUUUUUGGAAGAUUCAUUCCUGAAGUUGAGAUGUGAGGUCUUGGGUGCCAAUUUUGUGAAGAGUGGUUCUAAAACAUUUGCUGUGUAUUCCAUCUCUGUGACAGAUGCAGAUAAUAAUAACUGGUCAAUUAAAAGAAGGUUCCGUCAUUUUGAGGAGCUACAUCGGCAUCUUAAAGAAUUCUCAGAGUAUAAUCUUAGUUUGCCACCGAAACAUUUUCUGUCAUCUGGCCUAGAGUUGUCUGUUGUUCAAGAAAGGUGUAAAUUGCUUGACACAUACUUGAAGAAGCUACUUCAGCUUCCAACUAUAUCCGGAUCCAUAGAAGUUUGGGAUUUCCUUAGUGUGGAUUCCCAGACAUACAUGUUCUCAAAUUCCCUUUCUAUCAUCGAAACAUUAUCAGUUGACCUAGCUGAUAAGCCAUAUGAAAAGCAAACAAAGGUUCAGAGUUCAAUGGAGGACAUAAAUGACCAGUUAAGCAUCAAAAGGAAGGAACACCUAGGAACCAAGAGUCAGGAAUCUACUUUCAUGCCAGAUAUUUCAGAAUUGAAGACCAGAAAUGUUAAGAACUUUUCAGGAAAAAGUUCUGGAAAACAGUGUAAAAAUCAAUUUGAUGAUCAUUCAGGGAGUGAUUCAGAUGGUAGGUUGCAAAAGAAUAAUUCUUCAUUCAUCAAGCCUGGAAAAGCUCCAAAAAGUUCAGAGAGAAGUUCUGAUGAUAGUCCACAAGAGACAUCUCAGUCACUUCUUGAAGCUGCCGCUGACCCUACCCUUCCUACUGAGUGGGUGCCUCCAAAUCUUAGUGUUCCGAUAUUGGAUUUGGUGGAUGUGAUUUUCCAGCUCCAAGAUGGUGGUUGGAUCAGGCGUCAGGCCUUUUGGGUAGCCAAACAGGUCUUGCAACUGGGCAUGGGUGAUGCAUUUGAUGACUGGCUAAUUGAGAAAAUCCUGCUGCUGAGACGGGGAUCAGUAAUUGCUUCUAUUAUCAAGCGUAUUGAGCAGAUCCUUUGGCCUGAUGGAAUCUUUCUAACUAAACAUCCAAGGCGUCAGCGACCACCCCCAUCUGCAAGUCAGUUGCAAAAUUCCCGUUCUGGCAAUCCGUCUAUGAUGGUUUCGACACCGAAGGAGGAAAUUCAGAAAAACAACGGAAAGGAACAGAAUUUAUUGGUAGAUGAACAACAAGAAUUCGAGGCUGCUCAACGUGCAAAGUUUGUUUAUGAACUUAUGGUUGAUAAUGCACCAGCCACUCUAGUGGGGCUUGUUGGUCGUAAGGAGUAUGAACGGUGUGCCAAGGACAUCUACUUUUUCCUUCAGUCCCCCCUUUGUUUGAAGCAACUGAUGAUCGACCUGCUUGAAUUGCUCCUUGUAUCAGCAUUCCCUGAGCUUGACGAUGUUUUUAAACAGUGCCAUGAAGAAAAGGAACUGUUUGGAGUGGUUGAAGCAAAAUAGAUGUACUCCGACGUUGAGUUGCAAUUUGAGAUUCAGACCCAGUGUGUGAGUUGGCAUGUGUUGGCUAUGAGUGUGGUGGAAUUGAAGGAUUUUGCAGUGGCCCGUCAAAUGGUAGUAUGGGCCAGCAGUUCCAUCUUGAACUGGGACCAAUUUUGAUAUAGCUGUUGCCUUUCAGGUGCUGCCUUUCUUCUUGAUAAUGAAUGAAGCAUGGUUGUUAUUUUUAUGAGUGUCCUGUGAUCAGUGGAUGUUCGUUUCCUUGGCCUCAAUUGAUGCUGCCAGCCUCCCAGAGGAUUGUCCUUUCAUGUGAUUAAUGUCGGUUUGAGGUGAUGAAUAUUGAGAGAGCUUGAUUUGAGUUCUUUGGCUUGCCUUCUUUAUAGUCAUUGAAUGGCUGUUUUUUGAACCAGGGAGAAUCCCAUCCAUAUAUACAUGCAUAUUCUUUUGUGUA